AUGAUGAGGAGGAACCAUUUGAAAAAAGAAAAGGCCUCUGAGGAGGAAGAAUCAUGUAAAAAAGAAGAAGAACCCAGUAAGGAAGAAAAGCCUACUGAGGAAUCCGCUAGUGAGGAAGAGUCUUCGAAAAAAGAAGAACCUAUGCAACCCCCACCUUCUUUCCGACCCUACCGAUCUAAUCUGGGGGCUACAGUACUAUGCAUGAACACUCCAAGGAAGAAGAUCCCACGACCCCUUCCUCAGAAGAUAUCACUCAAACCUGCACCAGACUCUCUAUCUGCACUAAAGAAAACCCAAAUAUCAUCUCGGAAUCCAUACCGGUUUACCAAUAUACUGCAGGAGUGCAGGAAUGAUAAGGUAAUUCCCUCAAGGUAUGAGGUGGAUGAGCUAUCUCAGGCUCAUCCACCCAUUCCUCUCACAAUAGAGCCAACAUAUAGCACCGUACCCUUAUUUUUGGUACGAAGUUCUCGUCUUGGGCAUCAAAUUCGAUAA